AUGACUCUGACGGAUAUGAUCAAUGAACCUCACGACCGACAGGCGCACCGGCGACGCCCCUUCUCAACAUGGGUCAAGAAAUUGACCAAUUUCAAGUCCUCCUCCGACGGCGACCGCCCCAAGCGACACACAAAGGCGAAACGCGGACACAAGUUGAACAACCCUUAUCCUCAGUCUGGCCAUGCGAGCCAAAACCAACCCAACAACCCCAACAACCUGAACGGCGCGGUGAAUAUCAACGGGGCCAACCACGCUGGAGCGAAUGGUGAUGGCUCCUACUCCUUUACCGCUGCCUGCACCGGCAGUAUCCCGUCGCUUGACCAGCCCGUGCGAAGCUCCGUUGAUGGUCUCGGCCUUGCGCCCACAACGGCUGGCACUGUGUCAACAGAAAACGAAGCUCCACGAUCUCUCGCUCCCAGCCACGGAGGAGCAAGUUCUCUGGCUGGAACCAGUCGUACCAUUGGCGGUGGCAUGGACGGCCGAAGAGGCGGCGAUAGCACCUUUUCCAGUCCUGCUCCUUCGGUGCGGUCUCUGACUACGACUCUAACUACGAUUCAGUCCGUAGCCCCCAACGGAAAUACACCAUAUGUUGCGCCGCCGCCGCACAGCAACACGCAAUCCAUCCAAUUUAGCCAGCCGUUCCCCUCCACAUCUCCGGCCUCGGCAAUUCCACCACAUCUGGCACCAACCAGCAACCCAACCACGUAUAACUCCGCCAUUGCCAAUAAUCUCUUGACCGACAAUGCCUCCAUCUUGACAUUGGCGUCGUCUAGUAAGCGCCGGCGCCGACGUUCCAUGGACACCGACGCAUCGGUGCGCGCACUGGCCCCCUCAUCACUCUGGGGAGGGAGUCGUGAGAGUCUCCCACUCAGUGUUCUUAGUGCCAAUAUUGACCAAGGAGGCAUGCCCACGACGCCUGGGAUCCCGGGGAGCGGUUCACGGCUGGGUGCAGAGCGAAACAGUAUCUACUCAUCUACCGGCAUCGGCCCAGCCAUCAACAAUGAGAGAAACAGCAUUCUUGCCAAGCAGGGCGACGGUGCGAGUGUUCGGAGCGGCCCUUUGGGUCCCGGACGGCCAGAUAGCAUCAGCGGAAGCGUUGUAGGUGUAACUAGCCUGUUGAUGAGUCCGAGAGAGGGGCCGGAGCAGCAAAAAGCCAAGGAGGACGGGGCGGCUACCGGAACCAAGGAACAGUGA